AUGGACACGCCCGACGCGCCCACCUUCGGCGGGGGUAACGUCAGCAACGGCGGCGGGCUCGCCCAGGCGCCGGCGCACGGUGUCCAGGGUGGCAGUGGGGGGGGCUCAGGAGGCAACAACGGCGGUGGUGGCGGUGCCGCCAGCGGCGCUGGGACGCCCACAGGGCUGAUUGGCGGCAUCAUCACGGAGUUUGUGCGCAAUGGCAGUCUGGGACAAUACUUGCGCUCGCUAAACGGCAGGCGGCUAUCGCUGCGGCAACGCGCCAUGAUUGCGCUGCAGGCUGCCCUGGGGAUGGCGUACCUCCACGAGCAGUCUCCCGCGGUGGUGCACUUCGACCUGAAGCCGGACAAUCUGCUGGUGGACGGAGAGGGGGACAGCAUGGUCAUCAAGGUCGCGGACUUCGGUCUCAGCAAGCACAAGCUAAGCAACUACGUUUCCUGCCGGGAUCUUCGCGGCACCCUGCCGUACAUGGCGUACGAGCUCGUAUCUGGCAACGGCAACAUCUCGGAGAAGGUGGACGUGUACUCUAUGGGCGUGGUCAUGUGGGAGAUGUACACAGGCGAGGUACCGUUUGCGCACCUCACUGCGCAGGAGAUCCUCACGGGGCUGCUGCACGGCAACCUGCACCUGGCCAUUCCACCCGCCUGCGAGCCCGAGUGGCGCUCCUUGGUGGAGACGUGUAUGGACCCCAACCCCGCAAACCGGCCGAGUUUCCAGGAGCUGGCCAUGCAGCUGCAG